UUCCAUCCAAUCUAGACGUCUUUUUGCACUCCGUUGUUUUCUGUCAUUUAUACAAUCGUAACUAUGUGGUAAUUUUAUUUUUAUUUUCAAGAAAAAAUAUGUACAGAGACUAUUGUGUAACAAACCAGUGUUAGAAAACAGAAGACGCUUAAGUUGUGUUGUUUAAUAUAUAUAAAUCUCGAAAGAAUGGAGCUAACGAAAGUAAUGAACCAAUUAUGAAAAAAUAAUAAGGCAUAGAUCCUUAUGGUCGAAUUGUUACAAGUCAAUGUAAGGUGGUCCGGUGGCCGGGUUCGGUGGUAAGGUGGCGCGGUGGCACGGUGCAAUGGAUACGUUGCAUGUGGGGCACGGUCACAGCAAGGGAUCGAGUAGGAGCCAGUCGCCCUCCGCGGCUGAUUUACGCGACCCUGCGGUGGUGACGGAUGACGUCAUUAGGUCGAGGGUGCAGUCGCCGUCCACAGCACACCAUGAUUCAUCGCGUCACGGCGAGACCAGGGCGCACCAUGUCAAGUCCCAUUCCAGAGACCUCGGCAACAGCCCGCUAUCCAGUAACACCACGGCGAAUAGUUCUAGAGACUUAGAAGAUUCGCCUCAAAAGAAGAAUAUGUCGAAUAUAUUGGCACCUGGUGAUUACGCUUACGCGGUAUGCAGUCCUAACGUCUCCUAUGCAUUAUCGUCAGCCGAUGAAUACGGCUCGCCGGCUUAUCGAGGUCAGGAUGGAGACUAUAUCAAUCAAGGCGACGAAAUGGAUGGUGGUGGUAACGUGACGUCAGCGAAGGCGCAGGCGGCGAUCGCACACCUCAACAGUAAGAUCGAACGUACCAAGGACCUGAUACGUCUCGAACAGACCAUUAGAGAUGACAACGUAAACGAGUACCUGAAGUUAGCAGCCAACGCCGACAAACAGCAGCUACAGCGCAUCAAAGCGGUGUUCGAGAAAAAGAACCAGAAAAGCGCACUCUGCAUCGUCCAGCUGCAAAAAAAGCUAGAUGGUUAUAACAAGAGGAUUAAAAACUGGGAGCAACACGGAACAAGUGGACAGUCACACAGGCAACCUCGAGAAGUUCUAAGAGAUAUGGGACAAGGGCUCAAGAAUGUUGGUGGUAACAUCCGCGACGGUAUCACGGGCCUGGGUGGUAGCGUGAUGUCAGCGCCGCGCGAGUUCGCGCAUCUCUUCUCGCGCUCCAAUCGCUUCGGCUCCGCGGACAACAUCGCACAGCUCGCCGAGAACACGGGCCCUUCCCCACAACACGCGGAACUGAGAGCGAACGCGUCGUCGGAAGGCUCGCGCGCGUCGGAGGCGGGCGAGGGCCGCGGCUCCACGCUGCCGCGCGCCGCCACCGCCGGCGCCGCGUCGCCCGCGCACAAGUACUCGCCCGACGCCUCGCCCUCCUCCUCCGUCACCAGCGAGGGCGCGCCGUAUCCGACGCAACCGGGGUCGAAUAUGUCGGAAGCUACCUUCAGUAUGAAGCCAAUACUAAACGAGCUCCGGGAACGGCGGGAGGACUACGAGCGGUUAGCGGAAAAAAUUGAUUCGAUAAAGAAUCUGUCGCAGGACGUGUCCUUCUUGUCAGCUGCGCUACAAGAGGAACGCUUCAAGACGGAGCGACUGGAGGAACAAAUCAAUGAUCUCACUGAACUGCACCAAAAUGAGGUAGAAAAUUUAAAACAAGCACUCACGGAUGUUGAGGAGAAAGUACAGUACCAGAGCGAAGAGCGAAUACGAGACAUACACGAGGCGCUCGAUCUGUGUCAAACUAAAAUCAGCAAGCUGGAGCAGUGGGCGGCGGGCGGCGGCGGCGCGGGCGGCGCGGGGGGCGCGGGCGGGGAGGCGGGCGGCGCGGCCGCGCUGCCGCCGCGCCUGCUGCUCGUCAAGCUGCUCAACGUGGCCAUCACGCUGCUGCAGCUGGCGCUGCUGCUGGUGGCCACCGUGGCCGGCGUCGCCAUGCCCUUCCUGCGCACCAGGGUGCGAGUCCUUACAACAAGUUUAGCCGUAAUGGUCGGCGUUAUGGUCUUAAAACAGUGGCCCGAAGUCACUCAGCUCUCGGAGCACCUGGUCCGACGCCUCAAGGAAUACCUUCUAGACAAGCACCACGACAGGUAUGAAUGCAAGUCGUUGUGUGGUUGAUAUUGAAUCGGCGUUUUUUCGGAGAUAUUGCAAUUUUGUCCUGAUUCGUUAUUGUAUAAAAUAUGAUGGUUUUGAUUUUAUGAAACUUAAUGCUUAAAUAUGUAUAAUUAAUCUUUUACGUGAGACAAGAUAAAUAAGUUUUGUUUAAUGUAUAUGUGAUUAUAUUGGAGAUAAAAUAAAAAAAAAACUCCAUUACAAACGCAACAUACAUUUUUUUUUAUUUAUUUAAGAUAUAUGUGAUGAAAAUAAAUAUACUGACUGUGAUUUUAUUUUUAAUUCUAAUGUAUUAUGUUUUUAUAGUGUUUGUGUAAUACAAUAGUAUUUUUUGUUAGAAUAAAAAAAAAACAGAAAUAUUCUUAUUUAUCUUGUUUCAUAAAUGAAUCUUUACAAUUAGGAAGUUGCCUUACAGACAUAUUUUAUAAUGGAUGGAAAAUAACGGUAUAAACUUAGUUUUAUUAUUAAAAAAAAUUCUUAUAAUGUCUUUCAUAUACAAUUUUAUGAAACUUACUCCUUGUACCUAUUAUUAGUUUAAAAUUAAUGUUGCAAUUGCAACUUUUAAAAAUUUAUGAACAAUGCUUAGAACGGGCUGGAUCCCCAAAAUAAUUAGUGUUUUAUUUUAACGUGGAUUUUCAGUUUUUCGCUGAUUUUAUGAAAUUAUUAAAAAUAAAUGGUGAUUAUAAAUUAUCGCACAUUUUGAAUUUAAGAAAUGUAACAAUUAUUAUUUUUUAAUCGAUGCCAAUGGCAGAUAGACCGUAUACCUUAGCGCACUGCCUAACAUCUAUAAAAAAAUAUGUAAUGUGUCUUUCAUUCUAAAAGUGUGAUAUAUCCUAUUUUAAAAAUUAAAAAUGUCCAACUUUUAAAAUUAGCGAAAUUUUAAUAACGAUUCUUACUCAUAGUUGUUUAGCGUUUUUUUAUUAAAUAACUUACCUCAGUGUAAAGGCUGAUCGAAAAAAGUUAGUUAAAAUAAACUCGAAUCGAUUAAAAAUAGCGAAAUGUGACAAGUAAAUAAGGUGAUGGAGUUUCUUUUAUUUGCAAUUAUGUAAUUUUUUGUAUUAUAUAAUGUAAUUAUUGCUCGGUUGCCAUCGCGUUAGCGUUUUUAGCUGUUUAUAAUUAUUGUAAAAAAAUAUUUUUUCAAUGAAAAAUAGUUUUAGUGAAGCGAGUGAAUUGGUAAUGAAAUUAAUAUUUAUUUAAUUUAAAUUCAAUAUUGGUAUUUGUAAUAGGAAAAUUAGAAUUUUUAUUAUUCGGUCCUUAUUAAAAACAAGGAAUUAUUUAAUUGAAAUUGUUAAAUUAGAAAUCGAUAUGGUUCCUUUUAUAUAAUGAUUUAAGUUAUGUUUGUAACGACGGCUUUUAUCGAUGUUGAAUGAAUCAGUGAAAAUUCUAGUUAUUACUGCGUUGAGAAAAAAAACGAUUUUAAGAAGUGACGAGUCUAAUGAUUUCACAUAUUUUGUUAUUACAACGAGCCCCCCCCCCAUCCGUCUGUGCUUCGUCGGAAAUAAAUAUAUUAUUAAAUUUUGAUCGUUUUAUAGUAAAAUAUUUCGUACAUAAUAUUUUUAUACGUUAAUGAAAUGUAUAGUUUAGCAAAAUACGCUAUGAAAUCAUUACUCUAGCUUUGAUAUUCAAACUACUAUUUAGAAAAAUCUUUUCUAAUUAUAUUAAUAUUUGUAAACAUUCCAAAUUAUUAACUGAUCGAAUAGUUUAAUCGGAUUAACCUACAUUAUUCUAGAACUAGACUUAAUACCCGGUUUCUACCCUCCACUUUCUUAAUGUAAAAAUGUUAUCUCUGGUUUCGUUAAUCUGUAUAUUGUGUAAAUAUGUUUUUUUUUACUCUGUGCUGUAGUCGUUGCGUCUAUACUUUUAUUUCACGUAUGAUACCGCUGUAAACGAUAGACAAAAAUGUUUGUCAAUGCUGUAAAAAUAAUUUGUAAAGAAGCAAGCAAUAUGUUAAAAAUGUGUGUAUUUUAUUUUUCACAGAGAUUUUUGUUGCGAAUGAACAAUGUCACUAUUCUUGUUUCAUUUGUUAUCAGUAUGUAUUUAGUAUUGGUAUGUAAACAAUUUCAUUUUCUGUUGCCGGCUACGGAUUGAAUUAAAUCAUCACAAAUUUAUUCAAA